GACAUUAGGUCAUGAGUGGACAGCCAGUAACAGAUUUACUGACAGAGGCAGGGGUGAGAAGACAGAGCGAGGAACUAGGUUAUGUGCAAGAGGUUAGAAGGAACGGAGAGUAGUAAGAAGACAGCAAUAUAGUAACAUAGAGGGAGGGGGCACUAAAGAAGGAGAUAGACAACAGCAGAUGCAAGACCUAGGAACAAGUAGUAAUACAGUGGGGAAUAAGGCAGAAGUGCUUCAACAUCCAAAGGGAAGAAAGUGAGAAAGAGAAGAAAAUAGGCAUAAAAGGAAUAAUAGAAACAAAAAUAUAGCAAAGACAAGAUCAUAUAUCAAGCUCUGAAGAAAGAAGUGUUCCAUAAGGGAUAUAUAGCUGAUCAGCACCAGGUGAGCACCAGCCUGGACAAUGUUUCCCAAAUAUGCAGACCUGGUGAAGGAGAGGAAAGGCCUGGCAUCAGCCAUAGUCAGGGAAAUAAGAGGGGAAGCACCUCUGUUAGACCUGGGUAAAAAAGUCAGUGUUCCUCAAGAUGUAAUGAUGGAAGAGCUGUCUUUACAUCGUAAUCGUGGCUCUUGUAUGUACUUAGAGCGGCAGAAGCGCGUUCAAAAGUUUACAUUUGAGUACCCCACGAAUCGUAUCAUUGCAGGGGGCCAUAUGAAUGCCUUUAAUGCCAAUCAGACAGUUGCCAAUGAUGUAUCUGGAACUGAAGGGGUUGAUGGAAAGGAAAACUUUCACACAGAAAUACACAUAGUCCCUGGAAGCAACAGGACUCCACCCAAUGUUCCCACGAAAUCUACGAAGGUCUUACAGAUGAAGAUGUCUCUGAACCCAGGUUCUAUAGCUCCAGGUUAUUCUGGACCAUUGAAGGAAAUUCCAUAUGAGAAAUUUAACAGUACCGCCAUCCCCAAAUCAUACCGAUCACCUUGGGCACAGAGCUACAGAGUUGAGAAUGUCGUACCUGCCACUGAGUCACUUCCUCCUCCGCCACAUACCCCUGUCAACGUCACAUGCCGCACAUUUAACAGAACGCCAAUCCCCUUUGGAAGUUUAUCCGUAGUUGACGGUGGUGAAGCUCCAAAUAUUUUUGAAGAACUUCAGGCUCAAAUUGAAGAAUCCACCAGCGGACUGGACCUCAUGUGUCGAAGACCCAGCUUCAACAGAGCACCACGGGGUUGGGCAAAUAAAUAUGUCCCGGAAUCUCCGGACCUGUAGGCUUGUAUCUGCAGUUACAUUGUGUAUAUGCUGAUUUGUAGAUUCCUGCGAAGGGAUAUAAAGCUUAUUUGGCAUUGCUUCUCAUUUCUGUGCUUGCUUAAUGCAUCUCUGAUGGUAAUACAGGUCUGGGAUAUACUGGUGCAUCUCAAUAAAUUAGAAUAUCAUCAAAAAGUGAAUUUAUUUCAGUAAUUCAGUUCAAAAAGUGAAACUCAUAUGAUAUAAAUUCAUUACACGCAGAGUGAUCUAUUUCAAGUGUUUAUUUCUUGUAAUGUUAAAAAAUAUGGCUUACAGCUAAUGAAAACCCAAAAGUUUGCAUCUCAGAAAAUGUGAAUAUUAUAUAAGACCAAUUAAAAAAUGAUUUUUAAUACAGAAAUGUACAGCAUAGACACGCAAUACUUGGUCAGGAUCUUUUUGCAUGAAUUACUGCAUCAAUGCGGUGUGGCAUGGAGGCGAUCAGCCAGUGGCACUGCUGUGGUGUUAUGGAAGGCCAAGUUGAGCCUUCAGCUCAUAUUCCUCUUGACCAUACUCCAUAGAUUCUCUAUGGGGUUUAGGUCAGGUAAAUUUGCUGGACAAUCAAGAACAGUGACACCAUGGUUACUAAACCAGGUAUUGGUACUUGUGUCAGUGUGGACAGGUGCCAAGUCCUGCUGGAAAAUGAAAUCAGCAUCUCCAUAAGCUUGUCAGCAGAGGGAAGCAUAAAGUGCUCUAAAAAUGUCCUGGUAGAUGGCUGCGCUGACUUUGGACUUGAUAUAACACAGUGGACCAACACCAGGAGUUGACAUGGCUCCCCAAACCAUCACUGAAUGUGAAAACUAUACACUGGACUUCAAGCAACUUAGAUUGUGUGCCUCUCUCCUCUUUCUCCAGACUCUGGGGACCUUGAUUUCCAAAUGAAAUGCUAAAUUUAGUUUAAUCUGAAAACCGGACUUUGGACCACUGAGCAACAGUCCAGUUCUUUUUCUCCUUAGCCCAGGUAAGACGAUUCUGACGUUGUCUUUGGGUCAUAAGUGGCUUAACACAAGGAAUGCGACAGUUGUAGCCCAUGUCCUGGAUACGUCUCUGUGUGGUGGCUCAUGAAGAACUGACUUCAGCCACUUGCCAUUAAUAUGUUCGGAUACAGCACUCUGGGAACAGCCAACUUGUUUAGCAAUGAUCUUUUGUGGCUUGCCCUCUUUGUGGAGGGUGUCAAUGACUGUCUUCUGUACAACUGUCAAGUCAGCAAAAUCUUCCCCAUGAUUGUGUAGCCUACUGAACCAGACUGAGAGACCAUUUAAAGGCUUAGGAAACCUUUGCAAAUGUGUUCUAUGAUUAGAGUGUGGCAACAUGAGUCUACAAUAUUGAACAUUUUCACAAUAUUCUGAUUUUCUGAGAUACUGACUUUUGGGUUUUCUUUAGCUAUAAGCCAUAAUCAUUAACAUUAAAAGAAAUUACCACUUGAAAUAGAUCAUGGUCUGUAAUUAAUCUAUAUAUGAGUUUCACUUUUUGAUUUGAAAUUUGAAUUACUGAAAUAAAUUAACUGAUAUUAUAAUUUAUUGAGAUGCACCUGUAUAUAUGUCUUGUAGGAGAGAUUAAAUAAGAAUAUUUUGAUCACUUUAGCAGACUAUAGUGAGCCAUAAAAUCUACACAAAAUGGAAAUUAGGUGUUGGGUAUUGGGAAGCACAUUGAGGGGGUACUGUUACUAAUUCUGGUUGUGUGGGGCAGUCUCAAUUAUUUAGAUAAAAUAUAUGGAUUCAUUCUACAGUGGUGGUUUAAAGUAUGUGAACUCUGCAGAAUUUUCAAAAUUUCAGCAUAAAUGUGACCUAAAACUACAUCUGAUUUUAACACAAGUCCUACAAGUAGCUAAAGAUAAUCAAACAUAUAAGGUAAUUAUAAUAUUAGACUUGCGCAUUUAUGUAUUGAGGAAAAUGAUCCAAAAUCACAUGCCUGUGAGUGCCAAAAGUAUGUGAACCUUAGAUUGUAAUAUCUAGUGUGACCCACUUGUGUAGCAAUAACUGUGACUAAAUAUAUCUGGUCAUCGUUGAUUAGUCUUGCACAUUAGCUUGGUCGAAUUUUUGCCAAUUCCUCCAUACAAAACAGCUUCAACUCUGUUAUCUUGGAGGGUUUCCUCCCAUCAACUGCUCGCUUCAGGUCCAUCCAAAACAUUUCUAUUGGAUUAGGGUCAGAACUUUGAUUUGUAGAUACAGAUUGAGGCAGCACUCCAACUUGUUGCAAAAGUAGUGUGGAAUUUAUUGUACAGUAGAUGCAUAUCCACCAGAUCUACAAUAAAUUCUACACUACUUUUGCAACAAGUUGGAGUGCUGCCUCAAUCUAUAUCUAUUGAACACUUAUUUUGGGGUGAGUUAGACCAAACCCCUUACUGGCGGGUAUCCACAUCCCCAUGACCCCUUCAAAUUUGAUAUAUGGAGUACUGUUCCUGCGUAUAUUGUAUAGAACUUUGACUUGGCCAUUCCAAAAAUGUUACUUUGUUCUUCUUUAACUAUUCUUUGAUAGAAAUGACUUGUGUGCUUUGGGUUGUUGUCUUGCUGCAUGACUCAUGUUCACUUGAGAUUCAGCUCACAGAUCCUGUUUAAACCAGAAGUUUACAUACAC